AAGCACUCCAUAAUAUGGCUACCCAAGUUAGGUUAGGUUGUAAACAGGGUAUGUUGUUUUGGGUCGGUUUGCUGUCAGUUCAGAGUAGGUCAGUAGUUGUACAAAGUAUUUACGGUCAGUGAUAAUUUAUGUAAUUUUUAAGUGAUUACUAAUAGAUAAACCCUCUAUAAUAACCAAAGAUACCAUGUGAAUGAAGUUUAUAUUUGCAUUAGUGAUAACCAUUAUAAUGGUUUGCCCUCAUUUUGCUACUAAUGGGAUCUAGGGCAUACAUAUAUGAACCUAUAUUUGUUUUCAAAUGAAAUAUUGUGUCAGAGAAGAUAAUUGGAAAGAUUGGAUCAUGGCGGAAGAUGAUAACGAUAGCAUUAAAGAAGAAUCUACUUCUGAUGUAGAUUCUAGAACUUUCAAAGAAGAAGAUAUUUGCAAGGAUGAAUGUGAUAAUGAAGAAAUAAAUAAUGCAGAAUCAGGAUUAAAUACUAAUUAUGAUUCUUCAGAAGGCAAAAUACCAACUCAUAGGUGUGAAAGAUGUGACUAUGAAAGUGUCUCACACACAGCCCUGCUUACUCACAUGGCUAUGUGUACAUCCCGCUCAAAAAUGUAUGAGUGUGAUGUGUGCCAAAUGAAGUUUUCUAAUUCAGCAAAUAUGAGAAGGCAUAAAAUGAGGCAUACUGGAGUGAAACCAUUCGAAUGUCGGAUUUGUGGGAAGAGGUUUUUUCGUAAGGAUCACUUACAGGAACAUUCGACAACGCAUGCAAAAGCUAAUCUCUUUAAAUGCCCUAUUUGCCUUAGAGGAUUCCAAAGGCAGAUUGCUAUGAGAGCUCAUUUUCAAAACGAGCAUGUCCAGCAAGGCGAUGCUCCAAUAAAGACAUGCCCGCUCUGUGAUUUUACUGCUGCGUCAAUGAAAAGUUUACGAGUUCACUUUCAUCACAGACAUGGCAUCGAUUUAGAUCAACCAGGUUACAAUACAGAACGUGUGGCAGAGAGUGUUACACCUCCAAUGCAUUUUUUGACUCCCCAUGUGGAAAUUUCUCUUCCACAAUCGCCUUCUUCCCCUCAGCUGGUUGUUGAUGAUGAGUGUGCCGAGAGUCCUAGCGGGUCCCCGCAGUCCGGAGAUUCUAAUGCCCCAACUUCUAGUCAAAGAGCUCCAGAACCUGUACAUUUGAAGUCAAUUCUCAAUCAAACUUGCCAAUAUUGUGGCAUAACUUUUCCCGAUUCGACUUUGUAUCUUCUUCACAAAGGUUGUCACUCAGAAGCCAGCCCUUGGAAGUGCAACAUAUGCGGCGAUCAAACUGCAAAUGUCUACGACUUCAAUAGUCACCUUGUGAGCAAAAAUCACCAAUGAUAUUGGUAAUACCUUUUGUGGUCAUAUCAUAAGUUCAGUUAAUGGUAUAUUGUUCUUGAUUAAAAAAAAAACAAUCGGCUCGAUUUCAAAUUUAUUAAAUAUUUUAUAUUUUUUAAAUGAAAUAUUGUAUACAUAUAUUUGGCUUUCAAGAACUGUUAACUUUCUAUUUGAAAAUAUAAUUUUUUUUUCUUUUGGAGUUGUGAUAAAAAAAUCAUAUAUUUUCGAGUAUAUAAAUUCAUUAAUCUUGUAAGUAGAAAUAUGAAUUUUCUUUUUAGCUGCACCAAUUAUUAGUCACUUAAGUUUUAGUCAAAAUAUUUAACUUUAAACACAAAACCAAAGGUUGUAGAAGUGUAGUCUUUUUUUUUUUUUAAUUUAUAUAUUUUUUCUAUUUUAGUUUUAAGAAUUAUUUUAAAUAGUCCAUACUUCCGUAAUAAUAGCAUUUUAUUUUAGGCUUUUCUAACUCCUAAUUUAUUCAUUUUGAUUAUAAUAUAUCAACGGAACAAAAUUUAUUUUGGUAGAAUUACUAUUUAGUGUCAAAA